GACGCGCAUGGGCACACGGUAAGAGGCGGAGCCGGGGAGGAAGCGGCCGGGACGUAUCGUGCGCGGGGUCGGGAACUUCAGCUCGGGAGGAAGAUGAAAGAUACCGUCCCUGAAGAACAUUUGUAUUUGGGUUUUUCUCAUCAGUAUCAAGAUAGUAUCUUUCCUCUUCACACGUCUAUUUCACUCUUUUUGUUAUCCUACUGUGACUGCAAAUCAUUCAACAUUUUCUUAGUGCCGACUAAUGAAAAUGCAAAUGAUCAGUUUGUGACGAAAAACCUCCUUGGAGAUCUUGAGGUCCAUUUAAUCUCCAAAGAUCAGCUUCCUAUGGUUGUGCAGAGCUGCUGUUUACCUGCUGUUGUCAUGAAAGAUGGCAAGUUUUGUCGAGCUGGGCUUUCUGUUGUCUUAAGAUAUAUAAUACAGAAAACAUUUGAGGCAGAUCCAUCCAAAAAGAAUGUUUUGGAACUUCUGGGCUUUAAGAAGACCUGCUUAAAAGCCUGUGCAGAAGUUAGCCAGUGGACCAGACUCUGUGAGAUCAGCAUACCUCUGGCUGUUGAAGGAUUUUUGACGGCAUCUCCUGAGCACUGUCAGACUAUUCCUGCUGACAUUUUACAGCUUGAAAGAAAACUUGGAGAGCCUGUCCGAGUCCAUAACGAUGACAAAAUUCGAAGGCAAAAGCUUCAACAACAGAAGGCAGGUGCCAAGGCUGCAGUAUCUGUGCUUGAGAAAGAAGCAACUGAAGAAGGGAAAACAGUGGAGGUACAUGGACAUCCACUUCCAAGUUUGGAACUGAGUGUAGCUCUCUCUAAGCUACAUGUCCAAGAGGUAUCACAUGCAGUCAACAGAGAAGCCCCUCUCAUCAGGAGAACAAAAACAUCUGACCUUCCGCCUUUAGACCACGUUUUUGCAGAGGGGCUUUAUUUUACCUUGGCAGAUAUAGUGCUUUUACCAUGCAUCCAUCAGUUCCUGGUUUACAGCAAAAAGCAAGGCAAAGAUCUGGUAAACUUGCCUCUGAUCUCCAGUUGGUAUCGAAGAGUUCAGCAAGUACCUGGAGUGAAGAAAGCAGCUGAUAAAUGCAAUAUGCAGCUUCUCCAGCUUCCGGAGUUGAUACCUACACCAGAGGACCACCUAGAAGACUUCUUUCCAGUUCCUAAUGACUGUGAAGAGGAGCAUGAAGACAGUCAAUUUAUAGGUGGUCCAAGGCCAACUAUGACUAAAUUAAUGGAGAGGGGUAUUGAAGCAAAGUUUUCUCCUCAUCCUUGCCCUGACUGGACCAUAGACUGGACCAACUUGCCAGCAGCAGUUAAUCCUGGAGAAGGAAAGAUGUCUAGAGAUCGAGCUCUGAGGAAACAGCAGCAGUUGAAUAAUUUGGUAGCAGCAGUGAGAAAACUUGCUAAGCCAGGAGAUGUGAUUGUGGAUUUCUGCAGUGGAGGGGGUCACGUUGGAAUUGUUCUUGCUUACAUGAUGCCGUCAUGUCAGGUGGUGCUCAUAGAAAAUAAGGAGUUGUCUCUCUUGCGUGCUAAGGACAGAAGUGAUGAACUAGGUUUAAACAACAUUUCAUUUAUCCAAGCAAAUUUGGACUAUUUUAAUGGCACUUUCAACAUUGGGGUGGCUCUACAUGCAUGUGGUGUGGCAACAGACAUGGUGAUUGAACACUGCAUCAAGGCUCGGGCAGCCUUUGUCAUCUCCCCUUGUUGCUAUGGCUUCAUUCAGAAUACCAUGAAGUUUAAAUAUCCCAGAAGUCAUCGGUUCAAGGAAAUUUUAUCCUACAAGGAGCACAUGAUCCUUUGUAGGUUUGCAGAUCAGACAGCUGUUCAUCUUCCACCUGAACGAAAGCUGAUAGGAAAGCAGUGUAUGGGGCUUGUGGAUCUCGAUCGAGCAUGGGCUGCGGAAGGGAGUAACUACUCUGUUCAAGUCACAUCUAUGGAGCCAGAGAGCUGUUCUCCAAAGAACAAUAUGUUUGUAGGCACCCCAGUUUAGACUAUGAAACUUGCACUUGAUUUGAAGUUGAUCAUAAAUCUUCAACAUGUAAAAGCAUCCAGCAAAUACAAGCAUAGUUGGGAACCAGACAUUGUGCAUCUUGAACCCAUUGUGUUCGGAAAAGGAAGCAGCAUGAGAAGUUUUCGAAAGUGAACUGCAUGCAGAGCAUUGCAAAUUGUACUUGUAGUGUGUCAUUAGGCAACUUUUGGUUCUCAUAGUGAGAAACUUCUCUAACAAUGGUCUGUGGAAUGGUAUCCAUCUGCAGAAGCUUAGAAACGAAAGGGGAAGAAGGCUUAGAAGGGAAGGUCAUUUCCUUUACAAUAAAGCUGUCUUGGCUGCUUCAAAAUUGCAUUCAUGUUCAGAACUUCAUUUGUGCUCACGGGCAGAGCAGUUAUCAGCCAGUCAUGCAAUUCACUAGAGGGAACAGAUUUAUGAUGUUAGUGAUGAAAACUGUGCAACAGGUGUUGGCUAGAUUUUGCUGAAGAAUGCCAUGCUAUUUCAUUAACAUUCUCAAUACAAAUUCGUCAGAAUGCUUUCAGCAUCAUUCUGCAUAUACUGUAUUCCAACUUAAUCCUUUUAAAAUGGUGUAAAAUUUUUAUGUUUGGAUAUUGCACAAAAAUUCUGUACCUGGUCAUUGGAAAUUGUGUGUGUGUAGCUAAAGAAAGCAAACCUCUAUUUCUCCACUGACUGGAUUAUAGGAGCUAACAGUGAUGUCGGUGAAUGGUUACUUCACUGCCACCUCUGCUAAUUGAAAUGGAUUGCUUUCCAUUUGAAAGAGACUUGCUGUCAGAUACGAUUUUUAUAAGAAGCUUUUGUGUCCAUAUACUUCACCUUCAUUUAUUUUUAUAUUCGGUUUAAAUUUGGAAGAAGUUGCAGUUGUGGAACUAUUUGAAAAGCUCAACCAUAAACGUGUUACCAUUAAAUGAAAAUAAAUGUGUUUGGAUUAGUAUGCA